AUGAUGUGGAUCGUUAAUUUGCUUAUUUCAUUACUCCUGCCGUAUCUUUUGUAUGCCAAACGACAAGAAUCAUGCGAAGUGUGUGAGAAGGUUUUACAUGAUGUGAUCGACAGUAUGGAGAUGAAUGAUCGUAGUGAUGCAAGUAGGAUCGACGAGGCGCUGAGGGAACAUUGCGGUGGAAUGAAAGGCAAAGAAAACAAAUUUUGUUUUUAUAUUGGUGCUUUACCAGAAUCUGCCACUUCUAUUAUGAAUGAUGUAGUAAAACCAUUGUCUUGGUCUAUGCCUGUGGAGAAAGUUUGCGAGAAGUUGCGCACUAUGGAUUCACAGAUUUGUGAAUUGAAAUUCGAUAAGAGUAUUGAUUGGAAAACCGUGGAUCUUAAGAAACUAAGAGUUAAAGAAUUAAAGAAAAUUCUUGAGGACUGGGGCGAGGAAUGUAAGGGAUGCACAGAAAAAUCGGAGUAUGUAGCUAGGAUUGUAGAAAUGAAGCCAAAAUAUGUGAAAAGUGAACUGUGA